AUGCCAGAACCAACAAGCAACGGUACAUCUCAUGCGCCAGGAGAUGAAGCGUCCGGAUCGACGCCGUUCGAUCUGCUGCGUGCGGUGAAAGAGGUGCAAGAACGACGCAUCAGCGUCUGGCGCGAAUACGACGAUGCCUUCGACACCUUUCUCUCCUCCACCUCAACGUCCGGACCCGUCAACGGAUCUCAGAACCCCACACCUCCACCUGUUGACCACGAAUUCGAUGCGGUGGGCUCGAAUGGAGCUGCGAAUGGGGGUCGGGGAUGUGCGGGGUGCAGCACGACAACGGUGCCGCUGACGGAAGAGCUGCUUGCGCAGAUUCUGCAGAUCACCACACAGGCGCUCAUCGAGUGCGGCCACCGCCUGCGCACCAUCCAGACCGAACUCGCGCACUCGUCCGCACCGCAGCUCGCCACGCUCGUAGACCGCAUCCAGACGCGCGAGAACGCUCUACUCCGAGCCACCGUCCAACGAGACCAGCUGCGCAAGUCGGUGCUCAAACCCAACACCGACAAUCCCACACAGACAGACGACGACGAGGCAAGACAGUCAAUACACUCGCUCGAUGCACAAGUCAAACAGACAAGGGCCGACUUGGCAGAUCUCAUGCAGGAAGUCUACGCCGAAAUCGUCGAGUUCCAACUCGACGCAUGA